AUGCAAACUGACCAAAUGCACUUCUUAAAGCUAUUAGAGCUGGCCUCGAAGAAUAAUAUUGUAAGAGCUAUGUAGAUCACUUUAUUGAUCCCAAAUACAAUUAUCUAUGGAUUUGGAUUUAACUCACUUACACUGAUAAAAAACAAUGAAAGAAGCCUAGAGUUCAAGCGGAUAACAGAAGAGCAAUUUAAAGAAAAUCUGCAGUUUAUUGGUGAAGAUGACAGUGAGUUUCCAUUUGCAGUUUUUAAAACGAAUUUCAAGCUUAAUUUAGCAAUGACUAGCUUCCCCCGUUUAUAUUUGAAUAAAAAAUCUGUUCCAAUUAAAAGGGUUAAUAUUUUCUUCAAAAAAAAUAAAUUAAUUGAUAAAUUUACUGGUUUAUUUCUAAUUUUCUUUAAAUAGUUUUAUACUUACAUCCUCAUUUAACAUAGAAUAAGUUAUAAUUUUUGCGACAUUAAAUUGGCUAUUAAAGCUAUUUUCAUAUAAAUUAUUAUUUUUUACUAUAAACAAAAGUUUUAUUCCAAUAUAAAGAGGCCAAUACCCCAAAUGAAAAUUUACCUAUAUAUUUUUCCAAUUUAGAGGGGUGUAAAGAGGAUGCCUUUAAUAUUGGAAAAUCUUUUAUGAAAGAUAAUAUAAGUUUUAGCUUACAAACUUUUAUAGUUUGUCCUAAUACAAAUGCCCAAAUUGUCAGAGUCCAGUGAUCAAAAUGUAAUGGAUUUUUUGCGAAAGUUAUAAGAAAUCAGUUCCCUUAUACACAAAAAUCAAUUUCCAAAAAAGUUUUAUCAAAAGCAUAUUUGUCUGAUGAUUUUCAAAAUAUUUUUGAAAAAUAUGAUAUUAUUGAAAGUUCUUUCCUAAUAGUCCAAAAGAUAAUCUCAAAGCCUGCGAAAUUAUCGCAAGGAACUAUUGUAUUAGCACAUCAAAUCAAUUUUAUUAAAGUUUUAUUAGAAGAAUCCAUUCUUAAUAGCACAAAACUUAUAAAGAUUUCAGGUGAUUUUAUUCAAGAUGAAAAUGAAAAUUGGUAUUUUUUAAAUAUUCACUCUUAUGCAACUGCACCUAUACUUAUUCCUCAAGGCUAAAUCUUUGGCCAAUUUUUUUGCAAUAAUUUAAAAAAAAGAAAAUCACCCAAUAAUAUUUGAUUAAGCUGUAUGGCAGAAUUGAUCAAUAAAAUAAUAUAUCAAUCAAUAUAGUAAAAAUUAUUUCAACGUAUGUGUAUUCUUUGAAAUAAGCAUGAAAAGGUUUUUUGUUGCCUCUAGGAGAGGAAAGUUAGAAAUAACGCAACUAUAAGGCCAACAACCGCAAUAAGCGAGCCAUUUCAUUCAAGGAUGCCUAGCAGUCCAGGAUGCCAAACAAUCGGAUACUACUCGAGCUGUGGAUCUCCUAAGACUGUAUGUGAUAAAUAUCAGCGGACUUUUGAUUUUAGAAGCACAAGAGACAAAAUCUAUACCCCAAAUUCUCGAAAAUGCUCUUAUUCAGCUAUAAAAUCUCCUCUCAGACCUCUUAAUUUCAUAAAAAAUCUCGACAACGAAGCAAGGCUUUUAGAGAAGAAACUAGAGCAUGAUGUAAAUGAUUUAAUUGACAAAGACAAAAUAAAGCCUCUUAAAUUUAUGACCUAUAAAAAAUGAAUAAAAAGAAGAGAUGAUAGGCUGCCUGAUCAGCCUCUUGAAAGACUAUUUGCAGAAAGAAUUUCUUCUAAUAAAAAUAUCAUGCAGAGAAGGUAUAAUAAAGGCAUUAAAAAUCUGAAAAAUAUGGUACAGUCUAUGAACAAUAUUGUUAUGAAUAACGUUUUCUCAGGGGAAUAUAUGGCCAAGCAGGUCGCUAAGAUGCUGCUUCAAAAACUUUAUAAACUUCCAGGAGGAAGAUUAAUUUCCAAUAAAAGAAAAACAAGAUUUGUAGCGCAUAGAGCACAGAAAGGCUUAGCAAGGCUAGCAGAGCUUUGUGCAGAAGAAGAGCUUGAAACGGUAAAUACCAAGUUCGAACAGCUGCAGAAGAUUGUUUUAAGGUCAAAAGAGAGGCGUAGGUUAACUGAACUUGAUACAAAUAAUUCAAAUGAAUAA